UGAAUAUCAUAGAGGGUCAAACUUACUCUGUGUGUGUGUGUGUGUGUGUGUAUGGAGAGCUUGCUUUGUGAUGAGGUAUGGGUUUCUAGUCCCAAUUGCUGCAGCCAUGAAUACAAAAAUGGAGUUAGAGAGAGUUCAUUUUACGCGAGGAUGGAGGAUUGUGAAGAAGGUUUUCUCUUAACGUUACAGAAGGAGCAUACUUACAUGCCUCGACCUGGAUAUCUACACUAUCUCUACUCACAAGAUUUGGUCAAAGCUAGAUUCAGAGCCAUCAGAUGGCUCGUAAAGUCUGGCAGACGAUUGAAUCUUUCUUUUGGAACUAUUUUCUGCGCUGCAAAUUAUCUUGACAGAUUCAUAUCCACGAAUCACUGCCGUGAAUGGAAAUACUGGAUGUUUAUUCUAUAUAGUCACUAA